CGUUACCAAUCAGUCAUCUAUCAUAUACUCUUGCUUCGUUCAUCGAUUAACCUCAGACUACGCCUCUCACUAUGGAACUAGCGCAAGCCUUCGAAAACAUUUCCUCUGGAGAGGUUAUUAAAUGCAUCGACAUGCAUACCACAGGCGAGCCCACGCGGAUUAUUUACUCCGGUUUUCCCCCCCUUACAGGGACACUUUUGGACAAACGGGAUCAAGCCAAAAGCCAAUACGAUACGAUCCGCAAGCGUCUUAUGCUCGAGCCCAGAGGACACGAUGGCAUGUACGGGGCCAUUGUCAUUCCGGAAACAGAGCUUGUUCACUCAGAUGAAGCGCAUAUUGGCGUUCUUUUUAUACACAAUGGAGGAUUUUCGACCAUGUGCGGACAUGCUACCAUCGCACUUGGUCGAUUCUUAGUCGAUACACACGAUCUCAGUGUCUUCCCUAAAAGAAAGGACUUGGUUUUUGACCCGAUCAGCAAGAAGGUCGCUGUGAAUAUCCACGCUCCGUGUGGACUCGUUCGCGUCUCUGUUCCCACGACGGAUGACGGUCAAAAAUCCGACCCAUUUCGUUCUGUAUCUUUCCUCUCUACACCAGCCUACGCUGCUGGAAUCGAUCUCAACAUCAAGAUCCCAGCAGAAAUCAGAUGGCCAGAAUUGGGCGACAAGGCAUCCAUAAACUUAGACAUAGCGUACGGAGGAGCUUUCUAUGCGCUUGUGGAUGUCAGCGAGUUGGGAUUCAAGAAAGGGUUGGGAAGCGUCGACCUGAUAUCUGUGGCGCACGCGGUGGGGAAGCUGAAACCCUACCUAUCGAAUCAUCCUGCGGUUGUCGAUGCGUUACGGAUUGUUGAGGAUAAGAGGCUGUCCUUCCUAUAUUCGGUCAUGGUGGUCGAUGGAGCGGGGGGAUCAAGGCCCAGCAAUGUCAACGGUGCUGAGACUGGGUUGUGCUUCUUUGCUGACAGCCAAGUCGACAGAUCACCAACUGGCUCGUGCGUAACAGCACGCAUGGCCUUGGCGCACGCAAAGGGCAUAAGGCCAUUAGCGCAACGGUGGGCGUACAACUCUAUUGUUUCCAAUUAUUUCAACGAAGGAGCUUUUGUUGCUACCAUUGUCGACCAGAAUGUCGUUGUCCAUACAUACGAUGGCAGUGUGCAACCUGCCGUCGUGGUCUGCGUUGAGGGAGUUGCUUACUAUACUGGAUCGAGCAGUUUCAUCGCCGAAAAGAGUGAUGUUAUAGGCGAUGCCGGAUUCUCUAUGAAAAAUGCUGCGCUUGGAAACAGUGUAUGAUAGAAAGAUCUAGACCGCAUCAGACCCAUAUGUUGCUAUACUCAUUUUCGGAGUCACCACCCCAGGCGCUGUCACCGAAGUUAUCCGGCUGUUGAGCCAAAUCCACUACCUGCAUGUACGCCAUAACAUGCAUCGUUAGCAUUCAGCUGAUCUUCAUAUGCUGGACAGGCUGAACCCGACCUGCGCCAGCAAACUGUGUCAUCCACGUCAUUAGUCCUUCCGGAACGCCUUCCCUCGGAGCGUACAAUCUGUUUAGUCGUCUGAAAUAAGACAUCGAGCUCCAUUUACCGUGAACGGACGACUAGAUUUCCUUUAGCAGCGUGGGUAUCUAGAAUUCGCGAGGCACCAGUAGCAUAGGUUGGCAUGUCCGGAAGCAGGAG